CUUCCAUUUCAGCUCCAAUUCUCGUUCCAUCUGGUUUUAAUCCCUCGAGGCGGCUCCAGCUACAAGCGAUCGAGCGAGAGAGAGAGAGAGAGAUGGUAAACUCACCGGUGGUGAACACGUACCCACUAUCGAACUACACGUUCGGAACAAAAGAGCCGAAGAUGGAGAAGGACACCUCCGUCGCCGAUCGCCUCGCUCGAAUGAAGGUCAACUAUAUGAAAGAAGGUAUGAGGACAAGUGUCGAGGCAAUUUUAUUAGUACAGGAACACAAUCAUCCUCAUAUACUAUUACUGCAGAUCGGAAACACUUUCUGUAAACUUCCUGGGGGACGAAUAAAGCCUGGAGAGAAUGAGAUCGAGGGGUUAAGGCGGAAGUUGUGCAGCAAACUUGCUGUUAACUCACCUAACUUUCAGCCAAAUUGGCAGAUUGGAGAGUGCGUUGCAGUCUGGUGGAGGCCAAACUUUGAAACAAUAAUGUAUCCAUACUGCCCUCCUCACAUCACUAAACCCAAGGAGUGCAAGAAGCUUUUCAUUGUUCACCUAUCAGAAAGGGAAUAUUUUGCUGUUCCGAAAAACUUGAAGUUGCUUGCUGUUCCGUUGUUUGAACUCUAUGACAAUGUUCAGAGAUACGGGCCCGUGAUUUCUACUAUCCCUCAACAGCUUUCAAGGUUCCAGUUUAACAUGGUUCAUUCAUAAAGCUAGCGGAUAGCUAGAUUCGAAUACAAAUACUGAUGGAUGUUACCUCAGUAGGAGUUCAAGCUAACUUCAGUACUUUGCAUUUGGUUUAAUAUAUGUACCUUCUAAGGAGUUUGAUGACUGUAGAUUUAUUAUCACAUCAUGUAUGCAUGGUUAGCACAAGGUUGAUUUGACUGUAGAUUUAUUAUAGAUUCAUGUAUUGCUUGGUUAGUACAACGAAGUAGCAUGUUUAGGCUGGAGAACUUUAGGUCAUGGAUGGGAGAGAUUGUACCAUAAAGUUUGGUGAUUUCAUGUUUUCAUGUUGUAGCUUUAACUCAUGCUUUUGCUUUGUUGUA